AUGCUAAUAUGGAUUAGGAACAAAAACCCACGAAUUUUUUUUGACAUUGAUGUCAACGGUUCUCAUUUUGGCCGUAUUGUUAUUGAGCUGAGAGCCGAUGUGGUUCCCAAGACUGCCGAGAAUUUUCGCGUACUAUGCACAGGCGAAAGGGGUUUUGGCUAUCGUGGUUCUAACAUACUCAAGAUUGUUCCAAACUGGUACAUCAAGGGUGGUGAUUACAUUAAUAACGAUGGAUCGGGGAACGAAUCUAUCUAUGACGAGAAAUUGUUUCCAAAUGAAAAUUACAUCUUAAAACAUGAUAGACCAGGCGUUGUUUCCAUGAUCCAUGGAGGUGAUUACACGAGUGGCUCGCAAUUUUGCAUUUAUCUUUCCAAGGCCGAAUGGUUAAACAACGUGCAGGUCGUCGUUGGUCAUGUAAUUGAUGGAUGGAAUGUUGUAAAGGAGUUGGGGACGUUCGAUUCUUUAGACAAUGGUUCACCGGAAUCUGUCAUCAAAAUUUUUGAGUGUGGUCAACUCUCCUCCUAA